UUGUCUGAGAGAGACAGAGAGAGAGAGAGAUGAACGAUGCGGAUGUGUCAAAGCAGAUACAGCAGAUGGUCCGGUUCAUCCGGCAAGAAGCUGAAGAGAAAGCAAACGAGAUCUCCAUCUCCGCCGAGGAAGAAUUCAACAUUGAGAGACUUCAGCUUCUUGAGUCUGCCAAGCGUAAGCUCCGUCAAGAUUAUGACCGCAAGCUCAAGCAGGUCGAUGUCCGGAAGCGAAUCGACUACUCCACUCAACUGAAUGCAAGUAGGAUCAAGUACCUUCAAGCACAAGACGACAUUGUCACCUCCAUUAAAGCCUCCGCAGCUAAGGAUCUUCUCCGUGUCUCCAACGACAAGAACAAUUACAAGAAGCUUCUCAAGAGUCUCAUCAUUGAGAGUUUGCUGCGCCUGAAAGAGCCAUCAGUACUGCUGAGAUGCAGAGAGAUGGACAAGAAGGUUGUUGAAUCGGUCAUUGAGGAUGCUAAAAGACAGUAUGCGGACAAAGCCAAAGCCCCGUCUCCUAAGAUCACAAUCGACGACAAGGUCUUCCUCCCUCCACCUCCUAAUCCUAAGCUCCCUGAUUCUCACGACGUUCACUGCUCGGGAGGGGUAGUGUUGGCCUCUCAAGACGGAAAGAUUGUCUGCGAGAACACUUUAGACGCACGCCUUGACGUCGCCUUCAGACAGAAGCUUCCCCAGAUCAGGACACGCCUUGUUGGAGCACCUGAAACCUCCAGAGCAUGAUCCAGUCACCCCUAAGUUUACUUAUUAAUCUUUUGCUUAGGCCUCAAUAAGUAACACAUUUUGGCCUUGUGACACUGUUACUUCUUUUUAGCAGGAGUUCAAUUUUUUUUUUAGUCUGUUUCAUCCUUUUCAUCUUCAAAAUGUUGUCAAAAGAGAAUAAUUUCUGAAAAGUUAUAUAGAAAAA